AUGUCUUAUUCGACCUACAACCAGUUUGGCGGAAGCCCAAACAUCAACCCCAACGACCUGCAAAUGUCGGGCGCGCAUGGAUCGGCAUUCUCCAAUAACUUCAAUGGAGGCUCAAACGGCUUUUCUAGUGGCUCGGCCCUGUUCGGCGACGAGGAGCUCCUGGAUACGUUGAAUAGCCCGACAGAGCAGACACCCCCAACAAUGCAGGGUCAAGACUUUAACGGAAUGAGCAUGGGUUUCACACAAGAUAUCUACCCGUCGCAAAUGAAUGGAUACUCGAACACUCCAGACGGCGACCCCAUUCAGAGCCCUUUUGUACACAGCUAUGGUGCUCAGACCCAAUUCCACCAGAUGCAGAGGCCGACAUUCGGCGCGUCAUUGCAAUCUCCGCUCUCCUAUUCUGGCUCGCCUCACACUGCGAACGACGCCGAGGGUGACUUCCUGAACGCAAAGCCUCGAGCUCGGCUAUCGCAAGCCCAGGCCCAGGCUAUGCAGCGCAAGGCUUCGAAUACACGAAGCCCGCUUACACCUAGCACAGCCACGGCAAUGGCAGGUCUUACCGUUGGUUCGCACGAGUCUCCGGCCUUCGGCGCCCAACCGAUCAGAGCUCCUCAAGCUCACCACGAAAAAUCGCCUUCAAACCAAUGGAUGGCUACGCCCAAGAGUCUGUCGUCAUUCCCUGGAUCUGGCCUGUCCUCUCCUUUGCAAAAUGGAUAUGCACACCCGCAUCUAGCUGGCAUGAUGCAAAACGCCGGCCAGUCUUUACCUGCCAGGAUGGGCGGUCCUGGAUCGACCGUCAAGUCCCAAGAUGACAAGAGAAGGCGCAGGCGCGAGUCACACAAUGCCGUCGAGCGCCGGAGGAGAGACAACAUCAAUGAGCGCAUCCAAGAUCUAGCCACACUCGUUCCAGGUCACCGACUGGACGACGAAAAGAUCAAGAAGCUUCUGACGAACGGGACGCCGCUGUCUCCGACACUGACCGGUAUGGCACACCCUGAUCAGGCCACAUCUGCUCUCGCUGGGCCUGGGGCUAAGCGUGCCACUGGUGCUGGAAGUAUCACCACGGGUCUUCCAAUGGAUGACAAGGACAAGGGUCCCAACAAGGGUGACAUUUUGCAAGGCGCUGUCGGAUGGACUCGAGAUCUCAUGUGGAUGCUACACCUCAAGAUUCAACAGCAAGAGGAACUCGUCAACACAAUCCAGGAGCUUGGUGGACACGUCCCAUUUGAGAUGACUGAAGAUGAGAAACGCAUGCAAACCGAGCUCAUGGAGGUCAUGUCGGCCAUGGCGAGCAGACCAGGCAAGAGUGAGGCCCUUUCGUACACACGCACAGACGGCUCGGGCUUGAGAGUGCCGCAUCACACCGACUACAAGGGCGAGCCUCUCAAUGGGGCCACCGCGAUGGAUGCCAUCGCGGUUAGUCCAGACGACCCCAGCCCAGGUGAUCUCGAUGCUGAACUCGCUAGCACAGAUCACUUCUGGGGCGAACCUGAUGAUCUCAAGGAGGAAGAUGAGUACACGAUGGAUAUGGUCAUGUAA